GUGUGUCUCUCUCUCUCUUGCUCUCUCUGUCUCUGUGUGUGUGUGUCUCGCUCUCUCUCUCUCUGUGUGUGUAUGUGUGAGUCUCUCUCUCUCUCUGAGUUUGAAGAGGGAGCGCGUUCAUUAUGCUGCAGGAGAGAGCAAACUGAGAAACAGACGAGAAGUGCGAAGGUAAACAGGAGGACGAAAGAGCUUCACGAGCUCGAGCCGUCUUCGCUGUCGGAUCCCAGUGUGAGGAGUGCACACAGAGGAAAGCAAGCAAUGUGCAGCCACUGAGUCAAGGCACACCCUCUCUCCUGCACCCACCUUUUCUUCAUGAGGACAGAGAGAUGACCAUGCGCGGCCAUUGGUCCUUCAACACCCUGGCCGUCAUCUUCCUCCUGCUGUCCACUGCAGCUCUUUCAGCACACUUCAGGGUGUGUGAGCCCUACUCCGACCACAAGGGGCGCUACCACUUUGGCUUCCACUGCCCACGUCUUUCUGACAACAAGACCUACAUGUUCUGCUGUCACCAUAACAACACCGCCUUCAAGUACUGCUGCAACGAGACAGAGUUUCAGACCAUCAUGCAGCUCAACCUCACCACCAACUCCGAUGGCUUUGCUCACAAUAAUUACACCGCUCUCAUUGGCGUGUGGGUUUACGGCUUCUUCGUCAUGGUCCUGCUGGCCCUGGACUUUCUCUACUACUCAGCCAUGAACUAUGAGCUGUGUCGAGUGUACCUGGAGAAGUGGGGACUGGGUGGACGAUGGCUAAAACAGGCCAGGAUUCAGUGGCACGGUGUAGCUGUGGUUCAGGAAGGAGAGGUGAGCUCUGGGACGGGACCAAGUCAUGGCUCACAUCAACACCAUCACCCCAGACACAGUCUGAGAGGAGAGGCACAGAGCCCCACCCUCAUGACCUUCCAGACCUCCACAGCCUGAUGCUUGAAGCUUGAAUUAUUAGGACGUACUGUGCUGGAGAAGCCGGGGAGAAACAGCCACGGCCAGCUGGAAACUCAACACAGUUUUCCACCAAGGCCUUAUCUACCUUUGAAAUAGACAGUGUGCUCCACUGAGGAAGACUCUGAUGUUCAGUGAGGAAACAACUCAUCUGCUCCUGACCUGAGUCUGCUCUGUAGGAGAAGCACUUUCUUCAUCAUUUGACUGCAAAGUUUCCUGCUCUCUUCAUGGUUGAGGAACCUUCACAGGAAAGCGUCUUCUUAAAGCUUGUUGAAACAGGGUUCUUGUCUGUAAGACUGGACUGUGGCUGAAUAUCUUUUUGGAGUAUUGUCCUGAUUCACUCUGCAGUGAGGCAAGGCGUGACUUCUCCUAAAGCACAGGAAGGAUUAUUUAUUAUAGCUGCAACAAUCAUACCAGCUCUGUAAUGCUUUCAACUAGAAACAGGUUGGCUAGAAUGAACCAGUUCAGUUCUGGCUUAUACUGAUUAAGCCUACCAAGUGCAUUCGACGUUUAACUUACAGUUUGUUUGAGAUACACCCUUUUGCUUCACUUCACACUUAAGACAACAAAGUGGUUUCAUGUUUGGAUGUAAAAUUCAAUGCGCAGUCCAAGCAUUAACGUCUCUCAUUGGAAAUAACUUGUAAUCUUGCAAUAUGGUGAAGUACUUUAAACUACUGAAGUCUGAUCGGGUCAGAUAAAGCAAUAUGUAAUGGAAAAUGAUGAAGACUUUGUUGGAUUUUACAUGUGUUUAUGAAUUACUUGAUCAUGUGAUGCUGCCUCAUAGACCUUGUUGACUUUAGGCAGGCAAAGCCAUAGGCCUAAAUGGACUCCUUAGUGGGCAGGAAAACCUGGCAGUAGUUUUACCAUGCACUGAUUGAGGUGAGUGAUUAGGAAUAGGUAAAGCCAGUAGCUAUUUAGACUAUAGACAUCCACCUGCAAUAAUGCGCAGUAUUGUGUUGCGUUCUAUUGUGUUAGGAAGAGAACAUUUUGUGAUCAGUGUUUUAGACGAAUCUAACUUCUCAUCAACAGGCAGAACAGAGACGUUCUAAGUGUCGCAGUACUGGGUUCCUUUGAUGGUAUAAGUUGCCUUACAGUAGUUCUAUAGUACACACCUAGUGUUGUAAUGUUAGAUACUUCAGUUCAGGUGUAGUGUGGCAGCGCACCUGUUCUUUCUGUGGUUUUUACGACUGCGUAGAGAGUGUGGACGCAGUCCUGUUGUAAUUGCACUUGUUAACUUUUUACUGUCGCAAACUGCGAAAAAAAUAAAGAUCUAUCUUUUCCAGUGUG